CGUGGCCAUGCAACGUUGAGAAAAAAAGGCGGGGGCAAGUAGUAUCGAGGAUAUUGGCCAUGGUCUUGUGAGCACUGUCAGUUCUGUAUAUAAGAUGAUGGUUGCAGGCGUUGACUUGUGGUCCUUACGAGUGUCUUCAAAGCCUAGUCCAUACAGUCAAGAUGUUGUUCUCCAGUGCCAUCGCAGCCGUUGCUUUGCUCUCUGCCCAGGCUGCCGCUCACGGUGCCGUAACGUCCUACGUUAUCGACGGGAAGAGCUAUCCAGGAUAUGAGGGCUUCGCUCCCGCUACAUCGCCAAAGACCAUUCAGCGUCAAUGGCCCGACUACAACCCAACCAUGACUGUCACCGACAGGAAGGUCAUGUGCAACGGUGGUACCUCUGCCGACCUCUCUGCCCCCGUAAAGGCUGGCGGAAAGGUUCGUGCCAACUGGAAGCAGUGGACUCAUGAGCAAGGUCCAGUCAUGGUCUGGAUGUACAAGUGUGCUGGCGACUUCAAGUCCUGCGACGGCUCUGGCAAGAAAUGGUUCAAGAUCGACGAGGAGGGUAUGACUGCUCCUCCUCUCUCCGGACGCAACUGGGGCACCGCAAAGGUUCUCAAGAACCUCUACUGGGAGAGCACCAUCCCCUCUUCGCUUGCCCCUGGCAACUAUCUCAUCCGACACGAGCUUCUCGCUCUUCACCAGGCGAAGACUCCUCAGUUCUACGCCGAGUGCGCUCAGCUCGAGGUCUCCGGAUCUGGAUCCGCUCAACCAGGAGGCGAAUAUCUCGCCAACAUUCCCGGAUAUGCUCCUCAGAGUGAUCCAGGAAUCACUGUCGACACCUACAGCAACGCCAUCACCGAAUACACUACUCCCGGCCCCAGGGUCUGGAAGGGUUAG